UUCGAAGUAAUUUAUUGCCAAGAAGAUGGGCCAGAAAUCAUCCCAAGAAGUGACUCGGGAGGACAAGCUUGAUCUCAAUGCUAUGUGUAACAUUUUUAAUCAAACUGUGGUCCAUGCUGCUCAGAAACUGAAAGACUGUCUUGGAUUUGAAGAGCUUCAAAAUAAACUGUCCCUAAAUUCCAAUGCAUUGAAUGAGAUCUUUUAAAUUCAUUUUAUUAGUUUCUGCCAUAAAAAUGGAAUGGAUAAGAAGAUUACUACAAACAAAAUGACCAAGAAUCAGGCCAUGUUGUUUAGGACUGAUUGGAUAUGGACAUUCUGGGGCUCUUGUAAGGAAAUCCUAUUUCAACUGUUUAUACAGACUUUACAGAUGUCCACGGCUCUUCACAUUGAAUCUAAUUCCUGUGACCUGCUCAACAAGGAUGUGGUGUUAGAUGUGUAUACUAGUGGAGGGGGGGAAGGAGAUCGAUUUGAGAAAAUGGAAGAAUUCUGUAAUUUGAUAGGUGAGGACUGUCUGGGUUUAUUUAUCAUCUUUGGUGUGCUAGGAACGCCUGAAGGCAUCAGAGGAGUUCUCUUGGACAGUAUUGAAAAUAAGAAAAUUCAAAACUGCCUAUCAGGAGAAAAGGCUAUAAACAUCUUAAAUACAAAGAGCUGUCUAUCUACCAAAGAACUGUUAGAAAAGUACUUGCAUAAAAAUGAUAAACUGAAUAAGAUAAGCAAGGUUUAUAUUAAUUUUUUCUCAAUUUUAGAUUAGGUAAGCCAAGCAAAUAUAAACCCAUUUGUCAAAGCAAAGGAUUUUAUUCUUUUCAAGCAUAAGAGCAUUUAAUGUGUCAGCAUUAAUUAAUGUAUUUAUGUGUUAAAUGGGUUUAGAACAGCAUUGUAUCAAGUGAUAGAUUCACUUCUUUUGGUGGCAAAUAAAAAAAUGCUAAGCUAUGUUCCAAAUGAUUGUAUUAUUGUGAUUAUGAAACAGGAAAAAAAAAAAAGCAUGAAAAAACCUUCAGGAAAAAAAAUAACCACGUAACUUCAUGUAACUUUUGUUCAUUUGCCUAGGAAGCCAAUAAAACAACUUUGAAAGUUUGCUUUUCA